AUGGCUCGCCUUCGCAAACCAAGUCCAUAUGAGUCGACCUUCGCUAUACCAUCGAAAGAGGCAAGAGCCACGCGAUCAAGCCCCCGAAAAGCAACGCGCAGCCUCCGAUAUGCAGAUUCCUCCGACGAAGAUGACGAAAUACCAGUCCUGAUCCCAAAGAGCUCAAGCCGGGCAUUACGACAGGCAGACUCACCAUCGCAUAAUAUUAUCCCUUAUCCAAUUCCACAUUCGUGCGAAAGCGAUGCGCUGACACCGCGCAAGCAGCGUGUACUACGUCCAAUUGAGAGCAAUAGUCGUCUAUUGCGGGAGCCGAGUGCGGAGAGUCUGGCGAAACUGGAAAGACGUGGGAGAAGGGUGCGCAGUGGGACUAUGGAUACGAAUUUGGGCAAGCGGACGGGCUUGUUGUAUGCGAAGAGCCUGGCUAGGAGUGUGGCCAAAAAACAAGCGGAGAAGGGCAGAGCAGGUUUACUAGAGGAUUCCCAAACGCAGGAGGAUUCAGAACAGCCAUGGGGAGACGAGGAACCAGAGCAGCAGCUAGAGGAAGACUUGGGUGUCGAGGCCGAGGAGGAGCAUGAGACGAGUCUGUUGUGCGGUGAUGAGAUACUGCAACAAACAGAGGACAGCCCGGCGGAUGAGGAGAGCAGCGAAACGGAUGAAGGCGAGCCUGUUGUGACGAUCAAGCAGAGGCGGCGUCAACAAGCAGUACGCCGCGUGGUGUCCGAUAGUGAUGACGAUGACGAGUCAGAAGAGAUGGACGAAGAGAAAGAACAGUGUAUCCCGCAACCUUUACCACCGAUAUCACUACGCCAAAAAGAAACUGCUGUUGAUCAACAAGCACCAACACUCACGUCAAUGCGGCCUCCGCACAGAAAGGGAAAAAGUACUAUUUCAAACUGGGCUCAGGAGGUAGUCGAUCUAACGAGCUCGCCCGAACCGCCCGCUUCAUUCAUCCUUCCGCCACCCACAAGAACCCGAACCGAAUCUUUUGCUGCAUCAUCACGGCCAACAAGCUCAAUGUCGAGCGGCGCGCUUGCCAUUCUCACAUAUUCGCCAACGCCUACCAAACAACGAUCUCCACACAAAGCCCCGCCCAUUUCACGCCCUGGAACACCUCCCCUCGCUCCACCAAGUCCAACAAAACUAGUGUCACCCUCCAAAAAGAAGCCUGCCAUUCCCAAAGCCACUGAUUUGCAUGGAAGGCCAAGUCUCGACGACUUCUGGAAUCCCGCAGCAGUCAACGAAUGGAACGAACACCAUUCACCUGUGAAACCGCUUGUAUCGCCCAAGAAGCAGAAAUGGCGCGAAGACAUUGUCAAAAUGAUGGAAGGUGUCGCGCUGGAAGAUAGCGGUGAUGAAGGCUACGAGAGCCCUACGACAGCCAGUCCAAAGAAGAAGCCCACCGCACGCAGCCCGACGAAGAAACAGCAACAAACAACAGCAGCCUCCAUCGACGCAACACCAGACGUCAAAGCCAUCCGUGCCCAGCGCAAAGCCUUUGCCGACCGCAAACACGACAUGGCCGCCUCCUUCCUCGCCGAACUCGACAACACCAUCUCCCAAGGCCGCAUCUCCGCCCUAUCCGCCCCAACCGGCGGCAUCAAACUCAUCUGGUCCAAAACCCUCAAAACCACAGCCGGCCGCGCAAACUGGCGCAGAGAGCAACUCCGCCUCCGCACCGGUCCCCUCCCCACCGACACAAGACUCCAAAUCCGCCACCACUGCUCCAUUGAGCUCGCGGAAAAAGUCAUCGACGACCAAGAUCGCCUCUACAACGUACUCGCUCACGAAUUCUGCCACCUCGCCACCUUCAUGAUCAGCGAGGUUCGCAACCAGCCGCAUGGCGCAGACUUCAAGGCCUGGGGCCGCAAGGCCUCGGUCGCUUUUGCUCACCUCGGUGUCGAGGUUACGACGAAACAUAGUUAUCAGAUUGAAUACAAGUAUGUCUGGGAAUGCAUCGUCUGUGGCUACGAAUUCAAACGCCAUAGCAAGUCUGUGGAUCCGGCGCGCCACUCGUGUGGGAAGUGCAAGGGUCGUCUUGUGCAGACUAAGCCUACUCCAAGGGGCGCUGCUGCUGCUGCUGCUGCUAGUGCUACUGGCAAUGGUACUGCUGCCACGGUGUCCGGGAAACAAGGGCCUGCAGAGUCGAAGAGCGAGUAUCAAAACUUUGUGAAGGUGCAUUUUAAGCGCGUCAAGGCGGAUUUGCAGCGUGAGGGCAAGGAUGCGCAUAUGGGGAGGGUGAUGGAGGUCUUGGGGCGCGAGUAUAGGGAGGCCAAGGCGAGGAAGGCGGAGAAGGAGAAGGGCAAGGUUGGGUCUGAGCUCGAGGGGGUCGAGGCCGCGUUGGAUGGGUUGAAGAUUUAA